AUGGUUCAGGUUUUGCGAGACUGCGAUGACUUUGUUUUGGGAGCGGAUGGAUCAAAAAUUGCUUCGACAAAGUUCCAAUCAUUCACGAUCAGAUCCGGAACAGAAUGCUAUAUUUUUCAACUGGUCGCCAUUCCUGAUGAAAAGUCUGAAACCGUCCGCGAAGCCUUUCAGUCUUAUCUCUCAAGUUUUCCAGACGAAACUCAGCAGCAUUUCGCUUCAAAGUGCAUGGCGACAGCGAGCGAUUCUGCGGCGAACGCACUUAAAAGCUGCAAGCUUAUUAUGGAAACCUUGGAUAAAAUCACGCCAAGAGAAAGGCUUCAUCUGAAAUGCUCGAUGCAUAAGGUCUGUCAUAUGGAGAAGUGUAUCCGAGCUUGCAUCCAGAACGUUUUUGAUGAUAUCUUGCAGUUUUGUGAAGCAUAUUUGACGUGUUCCAGGAGCCAUGGACUUCAUGGUUCCCAAGGCAGCAAGCUCAAAAUUUAUCUUGAAGCCCUUCGAUCUCGUGAUGGUCUACAGAAAGUGACAAAGCCGCUUGAAAUGCAAAGUCAUGUUCGUUUUGGUAAUCUUACCAGAAAUCUCCAGCGAAUCGCAACAAACUACAGCGAUAUUGUCGAUUUCAUCCGGUUCGAGCUCGCUCUCACUGACGAUGCGAAGGUUAUGGAAGACAAUAAAGCGCAGGCGAUCAUUGAAUUCGCCAGCUCGGCGAUGGUUUAUUCCGUCAUCGUGAGUCCUUACUGGUCAAAAGUGUCCGGCCUGAUGAACUCAGAACAAUAUCUGUCUCUUGAGGAGCAUUUCAAGCAAGUUCUUAAAGAUGUUCUCUCAUCUUCUUCUCCUGCUUUAUUCCUUUUGAAAAGGGCGAAAGAAAUCGACAGUUCCUCUUGGGAACUUGGAUUCGAAGAUGUUGUAUUGGAAAUCUCUCGAGAUACAUCGAACUCCAAGUUCCUCGACGAGUGCAUCAAAAUGCGUCUUCACGCUGUUGAGAAACGGUUCGGCGAUUUCGUGAAUGAAUGCAGCUUUCCAUUCGCAAAAGAAAUAUCAUUCACAAAUCAGGACUGCGAGAGAAGCUUCGGAUCAGCUAAAGACUCAUUCUCCUCGAAGUAUAAUAUGGACACGUUCAAGUUCCAACAAGCAGUGAUGAGUCGCUUCAAUAUGACCUUCUCUUUUUGGCGACGACAGACUGACUUCGAGCAGAAACUCGGCCAGUUCAUGGCAAAUGCCUCUUCCAAAGAAGCUUCUAUCACGGAGAGAAGAAGAUCCGACCAUAAUGAUUCUAUUGCGAGAAUGCUGUCCGAUAUUGAAGAAGGUGAAAAAAAUCGAACACAAGUGGCAGUUUUUGAAGCCGUUAUCGCAGAACAUAAGCUUUGGCCGUCUCCCAUCAACGAGGCUGACGAUAAACAGUGCUUGAAAACAUUCACACAGCUUGUGCAGCCAAACUACCCAGUGAAAGUUUCACUUCAUCAGUUUCGAGGUCAUGUUCUGGGCUAUAUCAACAAACAGCUUUCUGCAGAGGACAAAGAAAUCAUUCAAUCAAAGUUGAAAAAGAAAAGAUCAUUGAAAGAACUGUUCAAUCAAACCGUUGAACACUUCAAUAAACUCCAAUAA